GAUGUUGAGAUCUGUUUGUUCAAUUGGAAAAGCAGGUUACUCUUUACACCAGUAGAAAUGGACAGCAGCAGUUUCAUUCAGUUUGAUGUGCCCGAGUACAGCAACACUGUUCUGAGCCAGUUAAACGAACUCCGCUUGCAAGGAAAGCUAUGUGACAUAAUUGUGCAUAUUCAGGGUCAGCCGUUUCGAGCCCAUAAAGCUGUCUUAGCUGCCAGUUCUCCAUAUUUCCGUGACCAUUCAGCGUUAAGCACCAUGAGUGGCUUAUCAAUAUCAGUUAUUAAAAAUCCCAAUGUUUUUGAACAGUUGCUUUCUUUUUGUUACACUGGAAGGAUGUCCUUACAGCUGAAGGAUGUUGUUAGUUUUCUAACUGCAGCUAGCUUUCUACAGAUGCAGUGCGUCAUUGAUAAAUGCACACAGAUACUGGAGAGUAUUCAUUCAAAGAUCAGUGUUGGUGAUGUUGACUCUGUCACUGUUGGUGCUGAAGAAAAUUCAGAAAAUCGCAAUGGAGUUAAGGACAGCAGCUACUUUGCCAAUCCCAUUGAGAUAUCUCCCCCAUAUUGCUCUCAGGUGCGACAGUCAACAGCAGGCAGUGAUCUUAGGAUGGAAACUGCUCCAGGCAAAACUCUGCGUAGUCGUCUGCAAGAAGAAGGGCAUUCAGAUCGAGGAAGCAGUGGGAGUAUCUCUGAAUAUGAGAUUCAGAUUGAAGGUGAUCAUGAUCAAGGAGACCUUAUGGUAAGGGAAAGUCAGAUUGCGGAGGUGAAAGUUAAAAUGGAGAAGUCUGACAGGCCAAGCUGCUCUGAUAGUUCUUCCCUUGGUGAUGAUGGAUAUCAUACUGAAAUGGUGGAUGGAGAGCAAGUGGUGGCAGUGAAUGUUGGCUCAUAUGGGUCUGUCUUACAACAUGUUUAUUCCUUCACCCAUGCCUCAUCACAGGCUACAGGUAUGUCUGAAACCUUCGGAAGCCUGAGCAAUACGAGUCCUUCAAGGUCAAUGCUAAGCUGUUUCAGAGGUGGUCGUGCACGCCAAAAACGGGUAUCCAGUGGUCACUUGCACAGUGAUGUUCAGGGCUUGGUGCAAGGGGCUGAUAGCGAAUCUAUGGUGAGUAAUGCAGGAUAUGAAAGUAGUCCACGGGAAAGAAAUUCAAGAGGUCAUUGGUAUCCAUACAAUGAGAGGCUAAUUUGUAUUUACUGUGGGAAGUCGUUCAAUCAGAAAGGGAGCCUUGAUCGGCACAUGCGAUUGCACAUGGGGAUAACUCCCUUCGUGUGCAAGUUCUGCGGGAAGAAGUACACCCGCAAGGACCAGCUGGAGUAUCAUAUCCGUGGUCACACAGAUGACAAGCCCUUUCGCUGUGAGAUCUGUGGAAAAUGUUUUCCUUUCCAGGGUACACUAAACCAGCAUUUGCGAAAAAAUCACCCUGGGGUAACAGGAUUAAGAAACAGGGUAGAGUCUCCAGACAGAGCAGAAGCGUUUGUGGAACAAAAAGUAGAUAAUGAUGCAUCAGCUUCUGAAACUAUGGAUUCUAGUAUGGAAAUUCAUGCAAUGUCUAAUGCAUCUGACUAAAAUACUGCAUUCUAAGUGCAACACAAACAAGCACACUACUAAUGUAUUUUUUUAAUCUUUUAUGCUUUUAAUAAUCUUCAGUAAAAGUGUAACAGCCUUUUAGUUUUCCUGACCUUCUGGAAAUCAAUUUGAAAUGGUUUCUUCAGAAGACUACAUAAGUAUUCUUUGUUUCUGAGGGAGACU